AUGGGGGCCGUCAUGGGGACCUUCUCCUCGCUGCAGACGAAACAAAGGCGACCAUCGAAAGAUAAAAUUGAAGAUGAAUUAGAAAUGACUACAGUGUGCCAUAGACCCGAAGGCCUGGAGCAGCUCGAAGCGCAGACCAAUUUUACCAAGAGGGAACUGCAGGUGCUUUACAGAGGAUUCAAAAACGAGUGCCCCAGCGGGGUGGUUAACGAAGAGACGUUCAAGCAGAUCUACGCGCAGUUCUUCCCACACGGAGAUGCUAGCAUGUAUGCACAUUACCUCUUCAACGCCUUUGACACUGCACAAAAUGGCUCUGUGAAGUUUGAGGAUUUUGUGAUGGCCUUGUCCAUUCUGUUGCGAGGAACGGUCCAUGAAAAGCUCCGAUGGACAUUUAACCUGUAUGACAUAAAUAAGGAUGGCUAUAUAAACAAGGAGGAAAUGAUGGAUAUAGUAAAGGCAAUUUAUGAUAUGAUGGGAAAAUACACGUAUCCAGUGCUCAAGGAAGAUGCUCCGAGGCAGCAYGUAGAAGUUUUCUUCCAGAAAAUGGACAAAAACAAAGACGGUGUUGUAACUUUAGAUGAGUUUAUUGAAUCGUGUCAGGAGGACGCCAACAUCAUGCGCUCCUUACAGCUCUUCGAGAACGUCAUGUAACGAGUCAGCCCCCUUGGGAGAGCGCUGCAGGAGUCAGAGACGUUGUGUGUAACGAGGACCUCCUUCCUGGGUGGAAGCCUUUUACAGUCCAGCCAUGUCCAGUGUGUGAGGAUUUUGUAUGACAUCUCCAGCCCGACGGCGACCRAACGCAGCCCACCCCAUCUCCCCUUCUCAGAGACACUGGGGGAACUUUCUUUCAUUUUGGAAGCAUGUGAAUAUUUUAACGACACCUGAGGAGAGCGAGCUGCUGCUCGGGGUUCAAUGAGUAAUGCACAGCUCUGUUUGCUAGGCACAAGUCCUGCUUUUAAGCUAGCAAGCUCGAUUAGAUACGGUAGCACAUGUCGAUAGCUUAGCUGGUCAUCUCCUAGGAGCAAAGAGCUCCAUCCAUAGCACCAUAGGGCAGAACACUUCCCARAUGCCUGGCCCUGAUUUUGCUUUGGCAAAAGGCUGAUCCGCCAGGGCGACCUGUGAGGUCCUGGAAAUGAAUGCUGAACGGGUACAGCCUGCGUAGCCAGUGUCCCCGUUGCUAGAGAGCCUGCUUUUCCUCUCGCUCGCGCCGGUGCCAGCACCCUGAGCUGGGUGGAGUUUUCCCUGAACACAUGAGCUGGGGGAGUUUCAAGCUAGGAAGGAUCAGAGUAAGCUCUGGGUGAGCAAAGUGCACAACGAAUCCCWGUGAGCGCUCAGAGGACCCCGCAGGGUGCCGGGGCCCGCUCACCGCAACGCAUACCGGGUAUUCCCAGCCACCAGUUGGAUUCCCAGCAUGUAGCAGGACGCCAGGGGUUCCCCAGGGAGCAGGGUACCUCUCUCAACAGCUCUGUGGCCGUGGGUCGUAGUCCUUUCCUCACAGUUGGGCACACACCGCGCGGAUGCAGUGCUUUUCCGUGGAUGUUGAGGGAUGUGGCUGCCCAAGGGAUGAAUUUGUCGCCGCUUUUGGUUUUGUGUAGCUACCCAGGGCCCAGCCCGGCUGUUUCCCCACGCACACCCUGGCACCCCGAUGUGCCCGGCUCCCUUACGUGAGUGCCAGCAGCCUCGGAGCUGCCAGGCCUCGGUGUCCCUUGCAUAGCCUGACACCUCCUACCACAAGAUCCUUCCCUUGCAGGGCUGUUUCUUGGGACAUCCUUGCACUAGUCCCAUUUCUGCACUAAUGCCAGGCAGAGUUUCACUUGGGCCAGCUGGCCUUUUUAAGUUGUAAAGCAAAGAAUCUGGGUUUUUCCCAUAUUAGUGAGUGAAGGCAUAUUCCUUAUGCCGUAGGCAGCCUGCUCUGGAGGGGACUUCAGGAAGGUUCGUGUCACUGUUGUAACCUCCUGGUGGCUGAGAAGCCAAGGAAGGGAGGGAGCACCUGGCUUUUCCAGCUGCUUGAGCCGCACACAGCGCCCAGUCCCUGCUGCAGAUCAUUGCCAGCCAGGACACAUAUAUUUUUAUUGUAUCAGAUACUAUAUUGCAAAUAUACUGUUGGCACUGAAAAUAUAUUUUCAAUAUUAUGUAAGCGGAAGCUUUUUAUAACGCAAAAUAUAUAAAUGCCUCAUUUCUGUAGCCCUAUAUUUUAUAAAAAAAGUUAAUCUAUCCAGAUAAUUCCUGAUUAUAGAAAAUCUGAUGAGUAGUAGUGUGAUGCUCUAGUGCUUAUGCCUCCAGAUAGGAAGCUCCCCCCUUGCACACGCUCCUGCAGGUCAACUUCAUUCC